UCACACAUUUCUCUCUCUGUCUUAACUUUCUCUCCACCAACACUGAACUCAAAUACUCCAUCUGUUCAUCUCCCUCUCAAAACCCACCAUUUCUGAAACCCUAACCUCCACCUAGUCUUCCUCUUAAUCUGAAAAACCUAAAUCCUGUGAAGCCUAACCUGCUAUUUUCCUAUAUAUCCCCGAAAUCUCUAGAAUCCCGGGAAACCAACCCUAACCUCUUCUUCGUGAGUCAACAACGUAGAUCGAAGAAUUUGGGGAAACUGUAGUUGCUCUCUUCGUCUCUGUCUACAAAUCCAGCUCCGAAUCUUUAUCUUUAUCACCAUCAUCAGAUGCAGUAUCUACCCCUUAUAUUGCUAUUGUCAUGGUGAUGUUCCAUUCACAAUCUCUUGGUGCAUAAUUUUCCCCAACUACUAGUCUACGCCGUUGUUGAAAAUACUCAAGGAAAAGAAGCACUUCAUUUAUUAAACACAUGGAUAGCAGACAAAGGAAGCGGAGAAGCCAUGUUCCAUCAAGAUCUAAAGUGGUUAAGUUACCAAAAUCCCGUUGCUCGAGAAAUAAAUUCCUAUCAAUCAUGGAUACCCUCUCAAUGGAUAAGAAAAAUGUCAUCAGCGAUAUGGGAUUUGGGGGCUUACUGCAGCUUGGUUGUAAAGAAUUGCGUUAUGAGCUAAUAACGUGGAUAGUCGCCAAAUACGACAUUGGCUACCACCGCUUAUGCAUGGAAACAAAAGUUGUUGUCCCAAUCACGCCCAAAGAUGUUAGAGAAGUGUUGGGCAUCCCGGACAAUGGCGUUAACAUUCUCAUCUACAAUAGGCGUAGCACACCCAACCACACAUACGACAUUAAAAUAUUGGAAGCUAAUUUGCGUGAUCUACUAGUUGGCGAAGAAUUCAUGAAAUCCUUCCUCAUUUUCGCCUGUGCCACUAUCCUUGCCCCCAACUCAAAACAAGAAGGUGUGCAUGACUUGUGGGACACGGUUUGGGAUAGUGAAGUGGGGGUGCGCAAAAAUUGGGCCAAGUUUGUUCUCCAAUAUGUCGAGGAUGGGAUAAAGGACUAUCGUACAAGUCACCCGACAUACAUUAGAGGUUGUGUCUUGUUUCUUCAGUUCUAUAUGAGGACUUUCCAAGUUGAAGUCAACAGUCCACUUUCGGCUACAUGGACAGAUGAGCAAGUCAAGAGGCACUUGGCUACCAAAAUACACACCUAUGGCAAUUAUGGCCAUGUCCAGGUUAUACAAGGAAGCAAACCUUCUGCACAUAAUGAUGGACAUCCAUACAAGGUGGGUUGCUCACACUCUGAUGACCCAACUGAGACCAUUGAAGCACAGCUGAGUCGGAAUUUCGAACAUCUUAUGAGCCUCGCUUCAUCUGUGGCACAAGAAAUUGCCACACUAUGUGCAAGGUCCAGUGGAGGACAAAGUGACUGUGCACUUACCCCACCAAAAGAAGUUGUGAAUGUAAAAAGAAAGAAAGACGAGGGAAGCAUCGGUGUGUAUCCUUGUAGUGAUGAAAUGAUGAGAAAAGGAACCGGUGCCGCAAGCACUCAUUCUAGCCAGCAAAAAGUCAUCGGUGCAGCAGUAGAUGAUGGCCCAUGUAUUGACCACGACACAUUCCCACCUUCACAAAAGAGUGCUUAAUUGCAAUCACUUAAAGGGGUGCAAAUGGGUGUUCAAGAAGGUUGUGGCAACAAACAACCUUCUCCUACCCCUAGGCGGAGAUUUAAACACACAGCGAAAAGGCUUGUCAAGCCAGCCGCCAUUUUCAAAUCCCCUUUCGUCUCUCAAUGUGUUCAACUAUUUCCUAAAAUCAGCCAACAAGAAAGGUUAGUUGCGGAUUAUGCAUUGUCAGAAGACGGUGAGCCAAGUGAGAUCUUGUGCGAGAUGCAUGACACAUAUAUAACACGGGAUGAGCUUUCUUCGCUCAAUGGAGGCCGUUGGGUAAAUAGUGCGAUUAUCGGAGUGGUCUGUCGAAUGAUGAAUGCAGAACAAGCUAUACCACCGCGCGCAUACCAUUUCGACCCAUCAUUCUCCAUGAGGCCUUAAUCAUAAUUCUUUAAUGCAUUUCUCUAUUAUUUUAAAUUGGAGACUAUGUGGUGAGCUGUAAGAACAAAUGACCAGGUGGUGCUAGUCAGCCUUACGGCAAAUGCCAAAAAGCAUGAAAUCAAAGAGCGAUGUCAGAUGGUCCUUCAUGCUGAAUUUUUGGGCCAUGAUUUCUCAAGUUGUGAUAUGCUAUUUUUUCCCAUUUGCGACAACAACUAUUGGCACGUGCACGUGGUCAAUAUUCCAGCUUCAAGGGUCGAAAUCUUAUCUUUAUUGCCUUUAAGAAGGGGUAACGGGAUAAGCGCUGUAUCGAGAUGCUUGUCUGAUGCAAUUGAUAAAGCAUUCCAUGCUCAUGGCAUGCUUAGGCGAUUGGAGGUCUCAAAAUUCCAGCAUGUGCAACCCCAAAUUAUGCCACAACUAAAUAGAUAUGAUUGUGGCAUGUUCACAAUCAAGUACAUGGAACAUUGGAACGGGGUGACACUAACACAUUCAAUCGCGGAGAACAAGAUGCAUCUAUAUCAAUUGAGGCUGGUUGUUAAUUUGGUUACUAAUGCGACAAACAAUGCUAGAGAUAAGGUCUUGAAGACAUGUCGAAUUUGAUUAAUAGAGGCCAACUUGGACAGGCAAGGUCAAUGAUGGAACCGUACUUGCAUGAGAAUUGGGCUAGUGGUGCCGACAGUGCAUAACCAGAAGAAUCUGGAGGUGGUUCGUAAGUUGGGAAAGCACUGAGAAAAGAAGAACAAGAAAAUACCAAGGUUCUCCUCAUCAAUGCGAUCUCACUUGCACAUGCCAGUUGCGACAAUUGGAAAACAAGAUGGUUGACAACCAUAAAGACAUGAGCAAUGUUACAAUUCAGAAUCGUGGCUGCUGGAGAAAAGGAUGUGAUCAUAAGACAUUCUCAUCAUGACUUAGACUUUAUAAUAUAACUGUUCCUAUUUUGAUUUUUGUUUGUAAAUAUAGGCAUGCCCAAUACCGAAGCCCUUUAAAAACUAUAUAGAUACAUCAUAAUUGGUUUUUUAGUUUACUAUUUUUACUUUGGGAACCCAUUGCAUACUUCCGAUAUAUUUAGGUUGUGACCCCCCUUCUGUUAGGUGCUUUUAGAUUAAUUUACCAUUGACUAUGAAAAAUACAUUGGUAUAUGAAAUUUUCGUUGAGCUAAAGAGGUUACUCCAUGACCUCUUUGCAGGUGCAUAGUUCUAAGAGAGCCAUGAAAUAUGAGAAACUAUUGGUUAGGUUGAAGAAAUUGCUUUCUAUUCUGCCUACUAUUUGGCCAAGCUAAUUAUGCUAUAUGAGAGGUGAAGCUGGAAUUUUUAAUAUCACUUGGAUUCUUUGAAGACAUCUACAGACUGGUCCAUCUUAUGCCAAAUCCAUCCCACUGAGUCAAGUCAUAUGGAUACCGGAUAAUCAAGAACAAAAAUUUCCUAUAGAUGGGAUAGACAAGAUAAGGUUCCAAGUUCAGAGUGUAAGUUAUUCUCCAGUUCCAAUUGAGCAGCGAAAAGAGUCAAAGCCAUUUGCCUCUAUGGUGAUUUCGGUAAGUUCAUCCUUUGAACUUCAUCAUUUCAAGGUUUUUCAUCUCUAGAAGUAGGGCACCUGAAGCUCUUUUUCCUUUGGAAGUUGUGGUAUAAUUUUAAGGGCCAACUGCAUAGAGAUAUUGCUAUUCCCUAAGAUUUUGUUUUCACUGGUAAGAGUUUCUAAGUGCUGGCUGAUGGAGUGUGCUCAAAACUAGUUAUGUUAUAUUGUUGGAAUAUUCUACAAUACCU